AAUACGACCUGCUUCCUCCUUUUCGCUCUUCAUUAUUUCCUUAUCAUCAAUAAUGUCCACCCCGGAAGAAAUUUAUCAAAAGUUAGACGUUGCUGCCAAAGCCGUCAAGGCCCAACUAGCCUCCUCCCCAGAACUCAUCACCCCAAGAGUAAUGAUCAUCUGCGGUUCUGGGUUAGGCGGGAUUGCCAGCAUUUUGAAGGGCACCACCGUCGAGGUUCCAUACGAAACCAUCCCAGGUUUCCGCCAAUCUACCGUCCAGGGCCAUGCCGGUAAGUUGGUAUUUGGUCUUAUUGGAGAAAACAAGGUCCCGGUCAUGUGCAUGGUUGGAAGAUUGCACUUCUACGAGGGUUACGAGCUCAGCGACACCACCUUCCCUGUCAGAUUAGCCCAUGUUUUGGGUGUUUCCGUGGUUGUGGUUACCAAUGCUGCGGGUGGUGUCAACGCCGAAUACAAGCCAGGUGACUUGAUGAUCAUCAAUGACCACAUCAACUUCCCAGGUUGCGCCGGAUACCACCCAUUGAGAGGCGCCAACUUAGACAUGUUCGGGCCGAGAUUCCAGCCAUUGUCUGACGCGUACGACUUGGAGUUGAGACAGAUCUUUUUCCAUCAGGCAAAGAAGGUGUUGAAAGUCGAGAGAGCCAUCCACGAGGGUGUCUACACCUUCCUUGCGGGCCCUACUUUCGAGUCCAGAGCCGAGGUCAGAAUGCUCAGAGUCUUAGGUGCCGAUGCUGUUGGUAUGAGCACUGUUCCAGAGGUUAUCAUUGCCAGACAUUGCGGUAUGAGAGUGUUGGCCAUGAGUUUGAUCACUAACGCGGGGGUUGCUGACCCUCCAGCCAGCGCCCUCGACGAGAACCCAACCCCGUUGGACGCCGGUAUGGCCAACCACCUGGAGGUCUUGGAUGAGGCUGACAGAGCCGCCAAGGACGUACAGUUGAUUUUUGAGGCCACCAUUAACCAGUUGUAAGGAUAUAGGGUAAUUAGAAAUCGAAGAGGGGACGCGGUGAUCAAGAUCAAUGUAAUUAAAUAACAAUAUCGAUAAU